AUGUCAAGACGCGCUGUUAGUCUUUCAACAUGGCAGUUGUUUGGUGUGAAAUCCAUCGAAGAGUUCAAUGUUUUACUGAAAAAAGAUAAAGGGUUGCUGGUCGUACAUUUUUGGGCAUCAUGGGCUCCUCAAUGCGAACAGAUGAACGAAGUCCUUGAAGAACUGGCAAAGGAUCCAAAGUUAUCAUGCAUUCAAUUUGUCAAGGCUGAAGCAGAGGCUUUGCCAGAAUUAUCAGUCCAGUACAAAGUCGCAGCUGUUCCAACAUUUAUAUUUACUAAGGGUGGUGCUGCCAUCGACAGGUUAGAUGGGGCACAUGCUCCGGAACUGACAAAGAAAGCCAAGGCUCUUGCUGGCAGUGGUGGUUACAGCGCUCCUCCUGCUCCAUCUAAAGAAGAUUUAAACACAAGGAUAAAGAAGUUGGUCAACUCGGCACCAUGCAUGGUAUUCAUGAAAGGAACACCAGAUGAAGCGAGAUGUGGUUUUAGCAAACAGACAGUGGCCCUCCUUAAUGAACUCAAUGCCAACUAUAGUUCCUUCAACAUCCUUGCAGAUGAGGAAAUUAGACAAGGGAUAAAGACAUACUCAAAUUGGCCGACUUAUCCGCAAUUGUACAUCAAUGGGGAACUUGUUGGAGGUUUGGACAUACUCAAAGAAAUGGCCACAAGUGGUGAAUUAGAUGCUAUGCUUCCAAAGAAACAAGACACCAAUGCACGACUGAAAACGUUAAUAAAUCAGGCACCGUGCAUGGUUUUCAUGAAGGGUGAUACGGAGUCACCCCGCUGUGGUUUUAGCAAGACGCUUGUUGCCAUUCUUAACGACACAGGAGUUCCUUACUCAACAUUCGAUAUUUUAAAUGACGAUGAUGUGAGACAGGGUCUGAAGACGUAUAGCAACUGGCCCACCUAUCCUCAGGUUUAUGUAAAUGGUGAACUCGUUGGUGGAAUAGAUAUUAUUAAGGAGUUGAAAGAAAGUGAUGAUCUGGAGACUACCCUGAAAGGAACUCAAUAAGUGGCCAUACCUCUUUCUAUAAAUUGUCCAAUCAAUUUAUACUAGUGUGUCUACUUUUGUAUUUCUUGGUCAAAAAGCCUUUAAAUUUUUGCUAUUAGCAUCUGUGCAAAUGAUAUGUUACGACUGCUAUCGAGUUAACAGUCCGAAGACAUUUUCAAAAUGAUAAGAUGAUUAAAAUGAUGAGUUGACAAUUGCAAUAGUAGUAUAGUAAACACCAGAACCCAAGACUCCGUUACUGACAAUAAUAUAAGGAAUGUUUUUCGUCUGAUAUGAAAGCAAACUUUUUGUGGCUGUAGUCAGUUCUAUAAUCUGAUGGUAUAAAGUAACAGUCAAAUACUGAAUUUCUUAAUAUCCAAGGUCACAUUCAUAGGUUGUGGUGUCAGAUGCUGAAUGUUGUUCAUGACUAAUUUCACAUGAGUAGUAUUAUAUAGCCACAUAUCAGUUGCCUUCCUUAAUGUAGGGUAACUUGAACAGUAACAUCUCACGAACACACAAUUCUACGUUCAGUUUUAUUGAAUUUGCAGUAUUUAAGGUGCUAGUCUAUUGGAUUUAACUGUAAAACUUCGUCACGAUCAGUAGAUAUUCUGAAGAUUGUAUGCUCGCAUACAUAUGUACAGUUAUGAUAAUUAAGUAUGUCACAGGUCUGUGACUCGCCAUUAUUGUGCAUAUAUGUCAGCAGAAUUGCCACUGCAUUGUGCCAUGACAUCCUUGAGUUGCAUAAGAUUCUGCUUGAAAAAUAAAGCGAGUUUAAAAAAUA